CAUAUGGUAAGGUGUUGAAGGUAAACAAAAAUUGUGAAGACCACAAGAUGAUCUUCAUAUACGUUCUCCUUGGACUUCUCCUCAUYCAAGUAUCAGAUGGGUCUCAAGAUACAAAGAUCGAUUUUUCUGAUUUUUGCACACACUUCAACGACCUCCGAACAUCUCCCAAUAAUAUGGUUCCAAUAACGAGAGACUUCAUAGCAAUAACAGACCAACUCAAAGAAGAAGGAAAGACUACAAACGUUGACGCAAUUCUUGAAGGAAAAUGUGCAGAUCGUUCAGCGUAUUUCGACGAUAUUUGUCUAUACGCAAGGCGCUUUAAUAUUAUCCAACGGAAUCAUGACUGGCGAGUAAUCUCAGCUCUUGGAGAUGAAGAAAUCAUAGAUACAUAUGUGGAUCUUUGGCUAUUGCACCCUUUGCUUCGACAGUGCCUGGAUCGAGUCAACAAGCCAUUAACUGAAAAUGAUGCAAAGACCAAGUUUUUCAAGGGACUGGCUGGUCCGAAAGCAGAGAAAUUUGCCAAAGUUUUGACACCUGACGAUAGAAGACGCCACAGCAAAUCCCUCAGAUAUGAAAUUAAGACCUUCUGUGGUACGAUGGAUGACUUGGGCAGGCAGUUCUGCCAGGCAUUACCGGACAUCAUCGCCUUGGUAGAUGCGUUUGAUAAUGUUAAAGAUGAGAGCAAAGAAGGAGUGAAAUGGAAUGCUUUUCAACUUUACUUUGUUGUCGUCAAAGAUAGCAAUCCUGAAGUUUUCGAAGAUGACAUCUAUCCGUCACCCCAAGAGUCGAAUGAAAUCAUAGUCAAAAAUCUUGAACAGAUUUUCACGUAUAUGUCYAAUGGACAAAUGCCAAAGAUGGAAGAGCUACUUGAUUUCAUCCCAGGCUUGAAGGUUAUCAGACCAGCAUGUAGAAAUCUUUGGAAUUUGCCSAGUAGAGAAAAGAAUGCCUGCCUCUUCUGGAAAGCCAUCAUCCAAAUUCGGGCCUACAUUCAAUCCCUAAAGCCAAACAAACAUGGACUAACCAAAAAAAUGCUCAACACAAAAAUUGAUUAUCCAGAGUUCCUGAGCUUGACGGAGAUGAAUAGAGUUCUCGAAGUUGUUGAAAAUAAUGCGAAUGCAUUGCCAGAUCUGGCUAAAUGGGUUGAAACYGAGGUUAACAAAAACACAAACGAGCGGUUUAGAGGACUACGAACAUAUUUUCAAAAGGUGGAAAGAUUCAACAGGGUGAAAUCCAAAGCAGAUGUCGACUUUGUAAAGGAAAGACUAGACUUUUACAGAGAUGACGUGAAUACCAUUACAAAUGAUUUAGCAUCCAGGUUUGAUAAAAUCUUGAAUACCGCCAUUUCUGCCGUCACCACAGAUAUUGUCGAGGACACCUACUUGAUGUCCCUUUCCCUCGUUGCUGUCGCAAAUCCAUUAACCUCAAUCAUUGGAGGAGGAAGUAUUAGUGCGUCUAUAGAAAAGGCACAGACACUGGCUCAGAGCUUGGCAAAAAUUGCAAAGUUGGCAAAAAUGGCAGAUACUUUUGAUGUAGUCCAAAGCAAGGUCUGCGACAUUGGCGAACGUUUUGGACAUAACUCUGCAUUCUUACAAAACGUCAAGGAGUUGAUUGAGAGUGUUGAUACAGGAAUGUCAGUUGAUACUUUUGAAGCAAAGAAACAAACAUUUCUAGAUUGCUAUAAAUGUUAUAAACCAGAGGUGAAAAGACCAGAACUUGCCKAAUUGACAGCCAUGUGGGAAGCUUUGAUUGACUCAGGAUGUAACGUUAUCGAGUCAACACAUGGGGCUGGAUCAGCCAUUGCAAAGACAUACGCAGGUGCUGAAGGCCAUUGUCCAAAAGCAAAAGUACUUGCAGCCAAAAUGACGGAAACCUAUACAGAAAUAUACGACUUCCAAUUUGAACUGAUUGAAGCCAUGGCAACCAAUAUGAGAGCAAUGACGUCACAGUAUGCUGCUUUGGAUAUUGUCUCUGAAUACGAAGAUCUCUCUACGAGUGACAACAAUGUUGUAAACGACAUCAAAACGCUAAGUUUAGUAUCGUUUAUAUCAUAUAAAAUCAACAUCUGGCAAAUAAUAGAGUCUUACUGUGAUAUCCUGGAGUACAAAGAGGGCGGGAAUCGACCAGAUGUCUGCCAAGGAAGAGACACCGAUAUCGCUACACUAGCAUCAUACAAAGGCACUUUAUGCCGAAACACAGAAGCCUACAAAGGUAUUCCCAUUUCGUCUACUAAUAAUGAAGGAUUUAUAAACCUCGAUGAUUUGUACGCUGGCCGACCUGUUACUUUCAAGGUUCCAAAUUCCCAAUGGCUCGUCACAAAUGGCUGGAUUUCUGCACAAAACAAAGAUUCAUCCGUUGUGGUGAAAAAGUUUGAGGUAUAUUUACCGUCGCAGAGUCUUACACAACGUAUGGUUCGUGUUGAUGCAAGAGUAGUUGGGGAUAACAAGCUUUCGACAUCAAGUGACACCAGUUAUGUKAUUGUACCUAAUAAACAACUGAUCUACGAGUACCUAGAAGGUCAAAGUGACAAUCCGUGUAAAAUUCAAGCUUUGCCUAACCCAUACGGAUCCUCUCUACCUAAACUAUGCCCACUCAAUGUCGACGAGAACAACUGCAUGGAACUACUUCAGAAGACUUCCCUGUUUCCGUCUGUCUACUCCAGUUGGAAAAUCACCGUCUCUGGWUACGAAUCGACUCCAGUUCCAAGCAUUUCAAACAAUGAUUUCACGUUAAAAGUUAACAUGAAACUCUGUAUUCASGAGCAGUCGCCCAAAGACAAGGCGUCAAAGCGCAAGAAAUUGCUUCACACGAUUGGAAGGAUUGAAAAUGAUGAAAGACAGAGUUGUCACAAGAAUCGUUACUGGUCAAGGAAAGCUCGUCGCUGUGUGAAAUGCCCCAAAGGAUCAAGAUCAGCGCUUGACGGGUAUUUCUGUGAAAAGCGCAGGAAGAACUGAAAUCGUUGUAAACCAUGACAUCCGAAAAUAUGAAACGCAUUCUUAACAGGUUGUAAAUUAAUGAAURRCAAAAUAGAUCAAAAAUAAAGAUUGCAUUAGAAUCGCGUUAUUUUA